GUAAACAGGUAGAAUGGGGACAUGAAGCGAGAUUAACUAAAAAUAUACACCAGUCAAAGAGUAAGAGCGAAACAUUUAAAAUGGACACAAAUUAAUCAUAUGAUAGUUUUGAUGCUUUUUUAAUAUUAGUAAAGGCGCGAAGCGUUUUUUUUGUCCGCCAACAAAAGCCAACGCGAUCGAAAAGGAUUACAAAAGGAUUUAAGUCCGUAACAUUAGUUGUUCAUUGGACAAACUGAAACUACACGCAGUAUGAAAAUAAUCCUACUAUCUGUUUAUCUACUACUUCUGUCACAUCAAACAGUGACAGAGGAACAGGUGCAGCAUGUUAUUGGAGAGAAAGGUGAAGACACCACACUGCAAUGCAACUCGCCCCCGGUUAAUGUGUCUACUCUCUAUCAGUGGAAGAAAAAUGGAGUUGUUGUUGCAUCACAAAAACCCCCUGAGCCAUCAGACCAUCUUUCCGUUUUAAACAACGGAUCUCUAAAGAUCAGCAGACUUCAGUACAUUGACGGUGGCCAAUAUCAGUGUGAAUCUCAACCAGAGGGUUUCGACACAUGGCAAGCUCAUUCUAACCUUCUGCUUCAAGUCGCUGGUGGUCCAACUAACAUAGUGCUGAACAUAACUCAAGCAACUGCACUGCAGAAUGGAACGCUAUUUGUCAAAAAAGGCUCGGAUGUCUUUUUCAAUUGCUCUAGCGAUUCUGUACCUUCACAAAACCUGACGUGGAAGUUUGAAAAUUCGACGUCUACAGGACCUGUCGAGAAGGACUUUGGGAGCAAAUCGACCCUUGGGUUUUCUAUAAGUGACAUCCAGCCAGCCGAUCAAGGGAACUAUACGUGUGUAUCCCAGAAUACCCUCUCCAUGAGAACAGAGAGCAAGACCCAGGAACUCCUAGUUUACUAUGCUCCGGAGAGGCACCCAGAAUGCAGCUGGAAAAAGGGAAACAAGGGUCCAUCUGAUGUUUUGUUUAUAUGUACCUGGCAUGAAGGUUACCCGGUGCCCACUCUGGAAUGGCAUGAGGUUUUAAAACCGCCUGUGAUAGCGAAGGGUCCCACUAUCAACUCCACAUCCCAGGAGACGGAGCGUUUGGAGGUGCAUGUGAACCGAUUUAUAUUGUCCGAUGGAGAGGAGGUGAAGUGUGUGGCCCGACACGUAACUGGGGAGGAGAACACCUGUUCCUUCACACUUAAGAUCCCAUAUCCGAUGGGAAACCCUAUGGUCACCGCUCUGGAGGGCACGAAUGUCACGCUCCAAUGUAGUGAGAACAACUCUCUCCCACCAGCUACAACCGUCUGGAAGAAAAAGGACACGGUCAUCAAUAGCACGUCUAAAUACAUUCUGUCUGAAAAUGCUCCCCAAUACACGCUCACUAUAGUCAAUGUGACUACAGAGGAUGAGGGCAUCUAUAAGUGCUAUAGUGAAAAUCCUCUUGGUGUAAAAGAGCUGGAUGUUAUUCUAACUGUAAAAACCACAUCGGGUAACGGAGGGAUCGUGGUUGGGAUCUUUGUCUCGGUUUUAAUAAUCAUGAUCGGAAUCGUCAUUGGCGUGACAGCAUAUACAAAGCGUGACAGAAUUUGCAUUGGUUUAGGAUUUGGGUAAGUAUAAGGAGCAUAUUUGUUCAUAUAAAUGCAAUACCUUCCCACAUGAAGCACAUGACACAAUGCUGAUGCGUUUUUUUUUUUUAGCUCAUCAGAGGACAGAGGGGACAUUUUUCAUUUGGUGGACUCGGACGAAGAGGAGAUUUUCCACGAUGCGGUUCCUCGACUGCCACCGCUGACCAAUGGACACGCAACCACACUUGUAGAGAUUCACAGAAUACCAUCCAAUGAAGAUGCUGCAGACAGUUCUGAAUACACAGAUCAAAUACGUACGGAUCAAACAGAACCAGAGCAAUAGACUAAAUCCAGUUUAACAUCUGGUUUGUAUGUACAGGAAACGCAAUGGCCAACAUGGACUGUGUUAAAUUAUUGAAUUGUCUGAUAUUGUGCUUGUAAAAUAUUCCAGUUACCUGUGAAAAGUAUACAUACAAAAUAGGCCCUGUUUUUAAUUUCAGUAUUAGGUUUUAAUUUACUGCCUCAAAUAGUGACAUUAAACUUCAAAUAUUCAUACUUUGUCAAUGAGCUGUUUUGAAUGGAUUGCUUUCAAUAGUAAUAUUUGGUAAACUGUUGUGUUUUUUGGUAAAAAAGUUUUUUUAACCCCAGAUCAAAAGAUAUUAUAUGAUAAUAGUCUCGCUUUUUUUCUCUAUUAUUUCAGUAAUGUUAGAGACAGAUCAUACUUACACUGAACUGUUACUG